AUGACUGGUGCUGUGCUUGUUGGUCUAUCUUUGAGGAAGAGAUUCAUCCCGAAGAAGAAGGCCUUUACGAUCACGAUAGAUGGUCCGGCAGGUAGUGGAAAGAGUGUGGUUGCCGAGAUGCUCGCUGACAGCCUGAGCGGGUUCACUAAGCUUGAUAGUGGAGCUCUCUAUCGCAGCAUCGCUCUAUUCGUGAACGAAGGUGAUAUCAAGGGUGGUAUUGAAUCAUUGGCUUAUGAAGCGUUUCGGGCCUUGUUGGAGCAAGUCAUCUUCACUCGUGAUAAGAGAGUGUUUGUUGGUACUAGGUGGGGUACGUUUGUUAAGGAGUCCCAUCUAGUUUACAGGUAA